GUUGAACUACAUGAAGGAUGCUUGGAGCGUCUACGUUGCUUUAGAGGAGGAGGCGAUACGGGACAAUGAUUGCAAGGACUGGUUGGAGUCCAUGCAAUGGCCCGUGCAGCAGUGGCCCCGAGAGAUCUUGACGAGGCUCUUUGAGGUCGGUUUAAAAAGCGUGCCUCCUGACAUUUUGGCGGACAUCCAGAACUACGUGUCCGCGAACUGGAGCACGCUCGCCGUCGAAAACAUGUUCAAUGCAGGUCGGGCUUUAUCUAGGAAGAACACAUCCGGCAAGAUUGCUCCAGAAGCUAUCUGGCAUUGCGGUGCCUUCGGUAGCAAGGUCCUGGAGACUUUCGACCGCCCAUCGUUGCCGGUGUCCGUGGAAGGCCAAGCAACCACAGACGACAGUGUACCGUCGCACGUGUUCAACGCCAGGGGUCAUAAUUUCAGCGCUGGCGAGGAAACGCUGGCUGCACUGACGAAAAAACAAACUUGGCCCUCACAGGGCCCCGACGUUUCAAUGAGCUCCCGAUCAUGUGGGAGUUUGCGAUGAGUACCAAGGGGAAGUGGAAGCACAUGCAGAAAGCCUGGAUGAGCUUGCUGGCUGUGCCGGGAACCUUUCUGAUCCAUAAGCCGACCCAGGUGUCCAGGGUGGUGCUCCAUGUCAGUAGUCAUGGGAUCAUUUCGGUGCGCAUGCCGAUACAGCAGGGCACCCUUGAUUUGCGACUUGCGCCCAACCCGAGCACGGCCUCUAAUUUCGAUUACAUCACAAAGCCGGAUGAGUGGUCGGCUGCAGAGAUCGACGUGCUCCCGCCAGGCACCUUGAAGGGGCAGGGCUCCCAACUGCAGCUCAAAUUCGGAGGUAAGGCCGCGUCGGCGUUGAAAUUCGCGGCCCUGCGAGGUUUCAGGGGCAUGACGGUGCACUGGCUCAAACAGCUACACAAGGAGGUCGUGAACCCAUGGGCUGGCAAACCUCGGCCGAGCACCGAAGCGCCAUUGAUGACAUCGCUUUUGAAGCACGUCCUCGGGGACGCCUUCAGCGAGAAGGUUUUGGAGGAGGCGUUGAUGAAACGCGGCAGGAAGCCCGAUGAGGCCCAGCUCGUAAGCGAGACAGCUUUGUUCGGCGAUGCGAGCCCUUUCGUCGAGCAGGAAGACCUCGAUGAGGAUCAAUCGGAGUUCAAGCGGCACCUCGAGGAGCUGAGGGCCGCGCGCGAGGCGGCGCAGCGAGCCGAGGCGAAGAAGCUAGCUGAGCUCGCCAAGCUGAGUCACGCCAGCGCGGCUUCCUCAUCUUCUGCGGCCACCGGCGGCGCCCCCCGCCAGAGGAGGUUCGUCCGGGUCGUUGCCACUGGCAUCAGCGAGAUCCAGUCGCAGCAGUACAAACCACCUGGGUCACGUCUGAGCAAGGAUGACCGCAGGGAGAACAGGUGGAGAAUCGCGGCGCCCUACUUAGACGGGGAGCGUUCUCGCUCGUACGGCAGCAGGAGCGGGUUCGACGAUUGGGGUGCCAUGGUUGACAUGCUUGAGACACUCUGGGCUAGCUACUGUAGAAAGCACGGCGGGGAGUGUCCAUUCACGUUCCAAAGGCCUGUUUAGAUAGGCUUCCGCGUCGCCCGCCUGUUCGCGGGCGCAGAAGAUGCGUCGAGCCUCGAGUCGGGGCUCGUGGCUCGCAGCGUAGGGGGAACAACUGCCC